GUUGGUUGCCUGCCUUGUGUGCAAAGUGUCAACACCCGGUGAACACUUUUGGAUUACAUAACCUCGAGACAGCAAAUGAUUGCGUUUUUUUCUCAAAUAAUGAAUUAAAGGCAACAGUUGCGUGACGAUUUUCGAUAAAAUGGAAGUUGGGGGGAAUCCCCGAGUCAUCGUUUUGUUUGACGGCUACUCCAAAACCGGGGAAAACUUCACGUUGGCUAAUUGCACUUGUACGUUGAUUAAAGGGCCCCCUCAUGUGAUUGUGGACACGAUGACAGCUUGGGACGGUGAAAAAAUACGAAAAGCUUUGGCUGAAAACCACCUAAACUGUGAUAGCAUUGACUUUGUGGUUUGCACUCAUGGUCAUUCUGACCACAUUGGUUGCAAUUAUUUGUUUCCAAAAGCUGUCCACAUUGUGGGUUUUUGUAUUUCAAGUGGGGAUAAAUAUUUCGAGCAUGAUUUUACGUCGGGUCAGGAAUAUGUUGUCAGUGAUAAGGUGACAGUGAUUCCGACUCCGGGACAUACAAUGCAGGAUGUUUCUGUGAUUGUUAGAAGUUGUAACGGUGUGGUUGCUAUCACUGGUGAUUUGUUUGAAAAAGAAGAGGAUUUGAGGGAUGAUAGGAUUUGGAAAUCGGCAGGAAGUGACAACGAGGAGCUGCAAGUUAAAAACAGGAAGAAAAUUCUUGAAAUGGCCGAUUUUGUUGUGCCAGGGCAUGGGCCCUUGUUUAAAAUUGACAAACAGGAAGUCUAAAAAGAGGGUGGGCUUUUAAUUUAAUGAGAUUUUUUUAAACGCAAUAAAAUAAAAAGUAAUGAUA